AUGGUUCAAGGCAUCAGACAAUGGCAUGAGAAGCUGCCGUUUGUACUUUUGGAAUAUCGCACAACAGUGCGCACCUUGAUUGGUGCAACUUUUUAUUUGUUGGUGUAUGGGAUUGAGGUUGUGAUACCAGCAGAAGUUAAAAUUCCAUCUCUUCGAAUUAUUGUUGAGGCUAGAAUUGAGGAUACUGAAUGGGUCAAAAUCCGACUAGAGCAACUCACAUUAAUAGAUGAGAAACGAUUGACGAUCGUCUGUUUUGGUCAGCUUUAUCAGCAAAUGAUAGCUCGUGCAUACAACAAAAAGGUGCACCCAAGACACUUUGAAGUAGGUCAAUUGGUCUUAAAGCGCAGUCUCCCGCACCAAGAAGAAGCCAAGGGAAAAUUUUCCCCAAAUUGGCAAGGUCCAUAUCUUAUCAAGGAAGUGUUGUCCAAAGGAGUCUUGCACCUUACUGAUGUGGAGGAAAAAAUCACAUGCAUAAUUGUUAAUGCGGACGCAAUCAAAAGAUAUUACAUCUAA